GGAUAUUGCAGCUGAAGGGAUUUUGUGUGUGUGUGUGUGUGUGUGUGUGUGUCUGAGUGUGUCACGGGACAGGAUACACGCUGCAAUGGGAGCCCGUCCGAUGGCCAUCAUUCGAAUUCAGGAGCAUCGCUGAAGUGAUUUGAUUCGGAGACCCGUAUCGGAAUUUGACCGCCGUGUCAUUGGACAGCAGUCGCAGUCCCAGCAGCUUCGAGGCAUCUUCUGAACGGCGGAGACGAGGACAAGUAAAGAAAAAAGAAAAGAAAGGAAAACAGGGAACUGUCCGCUUCACUACUCUCCAUCUGCGCCCUGGACAGCCUGACAUGAGGACCACAACCCGGCUGUGUUCCGUGUGAAGAGGCAAGCGGGGCGGGCAGUUAUUUCGGCUCUCAAGGACGCAAAGAAGUGGCCGCCGGCCGGGCUCGGAAGCAUGGAGCGGGACGACACCGACACCGGGAGCGCGUCCAAAAAGACAAUACUUUCGAAGAUAUUUAAAGUUCGCAAGAGGAGGGAGAUGCUUUUCGUCCAGGUGUGCUUCAUCUGCAGUGCCCUGUUCGUGGCGUGGAGCAUGUCGGCGUUGUUGACCAAGACAGGCCAUGGGAUGAUUGUGGAGGGACAUACGGACCCUGAACACUGGGGAAGACGGCUAUUGGCUUCAGUACCAGACAACGAAACAGAGCAGAAGAACUGUUCAGCACCAGCAAUACACGAGUUCCCCAAUGACCUGUUCACCAAUGAUGAACGUAAGAGCGGGGCCGUUCUGUUCCACAUCGCGGCGGCACUCUACAUGUUUCUGGCCCUCGCCAUAACAUGCGACGAAUACUUUGUGACAUCGCUGGAGAAGAUCUGUGAGAAAAUUGAUCUGAGUGAAGAUGUUGCAGGAGCCACCUUCAUGGCAGCUGGCAGCUCUGCACCAGAGCUUUUUGCUUCAGUCAUUGGUGUCUUCAUCACCCACGGUGACGUGGGGGUGGGGACCAUCGUUGGCUCGGCGGUCUUCAACAUCCUUUGCAUCAUUGGUGUCUGCGGGAUCUUUGCUGGACAGGUGGUGAUUUUGACCUGGUGGGCAGUUUUCAGGGAUUCCUUCUACUACACCCUGUCUGUUUUGGCUUUAAUUGCAUUCAUCUACGACGGGAAGAUAGUUUGGUGGGAGAGUUUGAUACUGGUGCUCAUGUAUGCUGGAUAUAUCUUGUCAUGAAGGAUUAUGUUCCAUCUGGUUUUUAGAUUCAACACCAGCAUGCAGAGAUUUUUCAUGGGGCCGAAGUCUAACAAGAACGUGGCCAAUGGUAACGCUGCGGCCAGCAGUGAGAUGGAAGACGUCAAGCCCACUAAGGCUUACAGCCGUGGAUCCGUGGUGAUGGUGGACGAGAUCAUGAACGACAGCCCUUCAAAGUUCAGGUUCCCAGAAGCUGGCCUCCGUGUCAUGGUCACCAGCCAUUUUGGACCCAAGACCCGUCUGCGCAUGGCCAGUCGCCUCAUCAUCACAGAGCGCCAGAAGUUGGUGCAAGCAGCUAAUGGAGUGGAGACGCAAGUGAUCGACGGGAAGGUUGAAAUCGAGAAUGGAAACGUGCCAGAGGACAAACCCAGCGAAGAGAAGGAAAAUGAAACCAUCUCGCCAUUUCAUAUUCCAAGGGGUAUCGGCAGCAAGUUGAAGUGGCUGAUCUCGUGGCCGCUGCUCCUGCUGCUGUUCUUCACCGUCCCCAACUCUGGCAAUCCUCGCUGGGAGAGAUUCUUCAUGCUCUCCUUCAUCAUGUCCACCAUAUGGAUUGCUGUCUUCUCCUACUUUAUGGUCUGGAUGGUGACUAUAAUCGGCUACACUCUGGGAAUUCCCGACGUCAUCAUGGGCAUCACUUUCCUGGCAGCAGGCACCAGCGUCCCAGACUGCAUAGCCAGCCUCAUUGUGGCUCGGCAAGGUUUGGGAGACAUGGCCGUGUCCAACACUAUUGGCAGUAAUGUAUUUGAUAUUCUCGUGGGACUCGGGGUUCCCUGGGCGAUACAGACCAUGUGUGUCAGCUAUGGAUCUGAGGUGAUGAUCAACAGUCGCGGCCUGGUGUACUCGGUGGUGCUUUUGCUGGGCUCUGUGGGCCUCACGGUGCUGGGGAUCCACCUGAAUAAAUGGAGGCUGGACGUGAAGCUAGGCAUGUAUGUCCUGGUGUUGUACGCCAUCUUCCUCUGUAUCUCCGUCAUGAUCGAGUACAACGUCUUCACCUUUGUCAACCUGCCCAUGUGCUUUGAGGAUUAGAGCACAGCAGCAUGCCUCUGAUACCAAAACCUCAAUGCUCCCAUAGCAACCCCAACUUUUUUUUUUCAAAAUUACUGGACCUAUCUGCAGACUCUUUUUGUUCUCUCUUGCGCUCUUUAUUGCAAUCCUUCUCGUCCCAAAUAUGAAUCUUAUUUCCUCAAGAGGCAGUACACGCUGUAAGAGUGGACUUCAUUAUUUGUCUCUAAUUUGUCCUCUUGUCACAUAGUGCCGGUCCUUAAUUCUAAUUUUAGGCAUUGCCUGUUAUUGCAGUAAAGUCUUUAGUUAUUCUGUGCGCCUGUUAACUUUCUACCCAUCUAGCAUGCCUUUAGAUGUUGGGGACCUCCAGAAUCAUAAGUGCCCCUGUUGAUUGUUGUGUCUUUUCACAUUGUAGAUUUCCACUCAAUUUCCAAAGCCUAUUCACAAACCAAACCAGAGUUUGUG